GUUCUGUUGUUUAUUUAGGAAAGAAAAAUUUUAAAAUUUGUAAAAAUUGCCGAGCAAAAAAAAAAUAAAUUCUCUAACAAACUGUAACCUGCUAUUGGAUUCGGCUUAAGAAUUCAUUUUGAAUAAAGCAAUUUGGAAAGAAAAAGCAAUAAAAUAUUGAACAGUGAAAAAAAUAACCUUAAAAAAAUGUUUCUAAACAAAACUGGCGGCAAUUUUGAUUUAAACACGACGAAAAAUAAAACUCUGGAUAAUAUAAGUUUUCUAUCAGGAUCCCUCCGAGAUUUUGGCAACUCUAAAAUAGAUAACAUUUCUGUUAAAGAAAAAACAAAUUCCUUAUUUGCACAAUUUUUGGAUCUUUUACAGAAUCGCGGCAAUGAAGCCGAAACUUUUGACACGAUUCAAGAAAUGACUCAGACUUUAUCUUCAAUUUUUGAAGAAAUCAAACCCGAAACUGUUUCAGAAUCAAAUACAUUCAAUGAAUAUGAAUGGCUUAGAAAGGAACGUGACACUUGGAAGCUAUUUCAUGCUCUAUAUCAUGAUCGCAUUAUAGUUCAAAAAUCGGAAAUUGAAGAAGAUUUCAUCCCUCUUGGUACCUCUGAAAAAGCUAUUGUAUCACAACUUUACUUGACUAACGCAAAUUUAAGGGAAUAUCAGUUAGUCGUAGAUUGGUUAGAAGCUUGUGCUGCGGAAAAAAAUAUAAUAGAAAUUGGUCAUUUUACUGAUCGGAAGGUAGGUUGGGAAAAUACUCUAUAUCAAUUAAAAAAUCCUGGAUCAGUUGCUUUCACAAGUCAUGUUGAUAUAGUAAAACACAUGGAUCCAGACGUUUCAACACGCGAAAAAAAACCAUUGCAUCCACUUGACAUGGAGGAUGAUGUUAGACUUGUAAGAGCAAUAUUUUCUAAAAUACGUCAAGGUAAAAUUGAGGAUGCAAAAUCUUUAUGUGUAUAUUGCGGACAGCCAUGGCGCGCUGCUACCUUAGAAGGUUGGCGUUUAUAUGAAGAUCCCAAUUACGAACAAGGAAACAAAACUGAAUUGCUUCCGAUUGAGGGGAAUCCAAGGCGAGAUUUAUGGAAAAGUAUUGCUUUUCGUAUGGCUGAUAGUACUAAAUAUGAUAGCUGUAACCGUGCUAUAUAUGGAUCAUUAUGCGGACAUCUGGAAUCAUUAUUAAAUAUUUUACAAGAUUCGUGGGAAGAUUUAUUAUGGGCUUACAUGAAGGUUCAAAUUGAUAUCAGAGUGGAGAGUGAAAUUCGUUCUUGUUGCAUUAAAAAUUAUGUAGAAAUGCCAGAAAAAUAUUGGAACAGUAAAAUGACAUUAGAGCAAAUUUUUCAAGAAUUAUCUGUUCAUAAAAAUCCAGCUGUUCGACAACAAUCGGCAAGCAAAAUAAACAUAAUUCAAAAGCAUUUAAUUUUAGAUAAUAUAGAUGAAUUACUAGAGCAAAUGCGUUUUUGGGUUGAACAAGAGAAAAUAUCUCCUCAAAUGCUUCGUCUUUUCGCACACAUUGUUAUAUUUCUAAGACAAAUGGGUAGAGUUCGUCGAGAAGCUGAAGCUGAUUGUGUAAUUAAAGAAUAUGUUGAAUCAUUAAUAUUAAUGAAAGAACCGCAAUUAGUGGCUUUUUAUGUAGCUGCUUUACCAGUUAACCUUCAAAUUAUUUUAUAUUCAAAAUUCUUAGAGGGUAUAAAAGAAACUCAAGAAAGGUUUGAAGCUCUAGAGGAAGCAUCUUCAGCGGGGCUAGAUGUUGAAAGCAUUACUACUUAUACCGUUCGCGUAAUUAGAAAUAUUGAGCAGCCUCCAUCAGAUUUAUUAAAAACAGAAAUUUCUGAAGUGGACGAAGUGAAAAUUUCGGCAUUAGAGUGGCUUACAUUUUAUCCACAACAAAGGGGAGAGUUGUUGUAUCAAGCAAAUGCUGUUAUCAGAAAUUUCUUGGCAGAAGGAAAAAUAGAAUGUGUCCGAAAAGCGAUCAAAAUGAUACCCAAUGAUUCUAUAGACCAAACCGUUUCCAAUUGUGGGACAAAAGAAGGUCUAUUACGUCGUGAAGAAUGUAGUAUAAAAGAAUACUUAUGUCAUCAAACAUAUUUGGCGGCAAUUGAUGGUUUCAACGACUGGAUGCAUUUAUAUCAUAAUCGUCCUAAAGAGCCACAAUCAAUUAAAUCAAACGCUACCUUUACUGAAAAAAUGGCUAUGGAGCAUAAAGAACAAACUUUUAGAGCAGAAAUGGCAAGGUGGAAUCUAAAUUUACAAGAGCAAUCUCGAGUUACACGAGAUUUGUUGUUCAAUGUGCUAUUAUUUCCUGAUAAAGGUUGGUUAGUUGAUCCAGAUUCAGACAAACUACCACCUGAAAUUUUAGAUGAAUGGCAAUUACGAGAAGUACAGUUAGAAAAUCUUAGAAAACUGUGUAUACCAGAAAUUGUAUUAUUACUGAUAAAAGUUUUGCAUUCAACUGGGGAAUAUGCAGAUUGUGUUAAAUUAGUAGAUGAAAUCGCAUCAGAACACCGUCAAUUAUACAAAGUUUAUCCCAAACACAAACUAGCAGAGUUAUUAGCUAAAGUUGCAGAAUCAUCUUUGGCUCUUAUGAAUGAAAAAUUAGAUCCUUGGGGUUAUAAAAUUAAUAUUUAAAUUAUUAAAAUAAGGUUUUUUUGUAAAGUUUAUUGAUUUUCUUUUUAAUAAAAAAUAACAUAAUUUUCA